CCGCCCCUCACAUGACCGAUCCGGGAUGGGGCAGCGCGAUCGUAUGUUCAAAGUGUUGGUGGUGGGGGACGCCAGGGUGGGAAAAACGUCGCUGGUGCAGCGCUACGCGAACGACAGCUUCAACCGGCACUACAAGUCCACGGUGGGAGUGGAUUUUGCUCUGAAGGUGGUCCAGUGGUCGGAAUCAGAGACAGUGCGGCUUCAGCUCUGGGACAUUGCAGGGCAGGAGCGCUUCACAUCCAUGACCCGGCUGUACUACAGGGAGGCAUCAGCCUGCAUAAUCAUGUUUGAUGUCACCAACAUCAGCACGUUCAGUAACAGCCAGAAGUGGAAGCAGGAUUUGGACAGCAAGCUCAUGCUGCCGGACGGGAACCCUGUGCCUUGUCUACUGCUGGCUAACAAAUGCGACCUUUCCCCUUGGGCAGUGACGAGAGAAGAAGUGGAUCGGUUCAGCAAAGAAAAUGGCUUUUCUGGUUGGGUGGAGACGUCUGUCAAGGAGAACAAGAAUAUUAACGAGUCCAUGAGAGUCCUGAUUGAAAAGAUGAUGUCUUCAUCCACUGGUGAUGGAAGUUCCUCUGCUGCCAUGAGUGGGGAUUACAUUAACAUAAAAGAGUCGUCCCCUCCGGGCUGGGCUUGCUGUUAGGGGCACCGACUGUGCCAUCUCCCUUGGGUCUCACAGCAAGGUCUUUUCAUUAUUAUCACCAUUUUCCUCCUAAACUGGCUGUCACUAUUUUGGUUUUGUUUUUUUUCUUAAAUGCUCAUGAACUGUCUUCUGUUUAGCACAUAUUCGUUCUCAGCAGAGCAUUACUGCAAUGACUUGGAGCGAGGAGUAGAAAGAAGAGAGGAGUGAGAAGAUUCCUCUUCUUCCAGUGUAGCAGCAGCUGGAAGUUCUGCUGCAAGUGAUGUAGCACGGCUCGUGUUCAAGCACAUGCCUUGGACUGAUUUUUAUUUACAUUUGGAGCACUUCACCUUCUGACACGUGCUGGCCUGCCUCCGGCAGGGCAAAGGAUGGCAAAGGUAGAUUUUGAAUAUGAUUGCACCUUUUAUCCCCCAAAACCUGCACCCACCACACCGAGGCAGCUGUCUGAAGUGCCUCUCGUUUGAUGCACGCAGCAUUCAUGCGCUCUCUCUCGGCCUGGAGAUUCCCAGGGUGAAAUUAUAGCUCUGGAACUACAGAGCUCUGCUUGCGUGUCCUGGAGAGACCAACACAUCUCAUCAUUCCCACUAACUGCCCUUAAGAGGUGAAGCCAGGUGUGGGUUAGAGCACGGUGUCCCACGUAAACAGUAACAUUAUCGUUGUGAAUUUGGGAAGUGCUGUAGCACAGCCCUUAAUCUCGUGUUUACUGAUGGUGCUGCUUAACAGCAGAGACCUCACGUUUUUGUCAGGAAUUGCUAAGUUGCCUUCUGUUCAUUCCUUCUCACUCACAUUCUGUCUGGCACAAUCCUGUGUAUUCUGUUUUGCUCCUACUUUAUUAGGGCACUGAGAGAUGGACCAAGGAAUAGGUUGUAAACUCCUUUGUAUGACAGAACAACAGUUCUUUUCUCUUGUUGCACAUGCUGUAUCCUACCAUCUCAAACAGCUUUGUAAUUGCUGAUGAAUCGCUUUCCCGUAAUUAUUCGGUAGCAAUGAGUGAAUUUCGUGGCAGGGCUGGUGCUGGAGCGGCAGCUCCCUCAAAGCUCCCACCUGCUGCUUUUAGUGGUGCGAGGGGGAAGCAAAGGAGAAGACUUUACGGGACAAAAGGAAACGAAGAGAAGCGCUCACCACUUGCCUUUUGACACCUGCUUUCCCUAGCGUAUCCCCAGGUAAUUGUUGUGCAGAACGGUUCUUGCCAAAAACAUCAACAAAUUGGUGAAAGCACACUAGAUCGUUAUCGUGGGAGAAUUAAUGGGAAACUCAGGCUGGAGUUACGUUGAGUUGUAUGUAUCUCAUGUAAGCACGCUCUGCUAUAGAAUUGUCUCACUCGUGUUUUAGGUUAGGAUUUGAACAAGUGGUCUUCAACAACAUUUUUCCCCUUGAGAAUAAUUGAAUUUAAAAACAGGACCAUUGCUUUGACUGGAUUCCUGCUGGAUUAGGACUGCUUUUCUUCAGCGAAGUAUUUCUCUGUCUGUCUUGCUUUAUGGACAUAGAAGGUGGCAAGAACAGGAAUCGAUUGCCUUCACUAUUCACAAAAUCUUGUGAGUUUUCAUUCCCUGGUGUGGAUGAGGAUUGGUUAGAACCAGUAAGAGCUAAGAAGCAUAGAAUUAGGAUUGUGUUCCACUGUUUUAAUUAAAAGCUGAAAUGUCUGAGCUUGGAUUCUGUUGCACAAAUAUUGCCAAAUUCGGUUUUAUAGGCACUUGAAUAUUCCCUUUUCUGUGCUGUUGGAGUCACUGUAGAGCUGGUUAGCAACAAAACUGAGCUGUCUUGCUGAAUUUUAAUCCCUAAAUAUUGUGUUUAAAAAAAAAGAAAACCAAUAAUUUUUUAAAUCCUAUAAAUGUUUUGAGUUCUUUAUGGAAUAUGGGGAGAAGGGUCUUAAUUUUUAAAAGGAUCUGUCACAAAGUCAUUAAGAUUCAUGUGUUAUUUAUUGAUUUCUGUCUGUGCACCGCAAAGCAUUUCAGCAGAGGUCAAGUGUCCAAGCUGUCCUUACAGAGGGAGAAGCCAGGGUACGCGGUGGGGAUCUCUACCCAGGACCAGCUUCUGCAGUCAGUAGGAGCUUGGCACUGAUCUCUUCAAUCCCUGUUUUGAUAUCCUAGCUGUUCGGCCAUGCAUCUUGCACAAAAGCAUCUUUAUCUCUUUUUGCAUGUCCAUUUGGGAUGUACCAGUGCCUCUUUGGUGUCUGGAUGGACAUCUUUAACCUGCCCCUCUUUUUCAUAAGUGCCUCUUAGAAACGAGCCCAAAGCCAAAGUAAGGUCUCUAGAGGUUUUCUUCUCUUUAGACAUAAUUUUUGUUCUGCCAGGUGGUUUCCGGUACCGGUGUGUGCCCUGGGGGGUUGUUUCCACACUUACUGCCUGUUAACAUCUUAAUAGACACAGCAAACAAGUGUCACAAGCCAAGCCUGAACUGCAGAAACAGUUGUUGCUUGAGAUUGGUGUAAAAACCCCACCAGACAGGAAAACGGUUUUGCUGUGCAAAUGUGUGUGUGUUUUCAGAAUAUGCUCUGUGGCACAGAAAGAGCUUAAAAAUGAAAAAAAAAAAAAAAAUUAAAAAACCCCACCUUGAUUUACUCCUAUAAACCAAACUGAUUGAAAAGCCCCAUCUAAACAAGCUCUUGGCUGGGAUAGGCAGUGUGGAAAGAACGGUUGCCUGGGAAAUCAGUGGGGAAUCAAUAAUUCUCAUUUUUAUAACAACCGAAAGGGAAAAGCCAGCCUGAGUGAAGCAGUUCCUAAGAAUUAUUGUAAACAAAGUUAAGUCUCAUUCAUGCAGACCGAUAAAAACUUUAAUCUUUCAAAUAUGAACCGGAAAAGCCUCAUCUUUAUAAUGAUGAAAUGUGCUUCACCAGUGCCUUCCCCAGGAAUGACUUGUUUUGAAAAUGAAGGCCUUUGAGUUUCCCUUUGGCACUGCCUGCUUUGACUUUGUACUCUCCGUAUGACUCGAGGCCAACUGCACCUAUUUCAGUGUGGUGUUUCUCACUCCUGUAACUUUAAUUUGUGGUUGUGGGACUCAAAACCACUUGGAGUUUAACAGUGUAAUUUAUGUGUUGGUGACAGCAUGCUAUGGGUCCAUAACUGCAAGUUCUUACUGCGAUAGAAAUUGAAAUAACGAGGGCUGAAAUAAGCCAAUUAUAUCAAAACUUAGCCUUUGGGUUUUUUUAACUGCUUGCAGUAACGCAGAAGCAUUUUAGAGACAGGGUUCCCAUUAGUGUAAAGAUGCAGUAUUAUUAUAGAAGAAACUGCUGGGAGGUUUUCUCCGUGUCAGUCAGCAACUAAAACAGUAUUGCAAAGUGAGAAAUAAAAG